UGUAGUAGAAAUCAUCAUCUCACGAAAAAUGUAUACUAAAAAUAGAUAAAAACAAAUCGAUAGGAGUAUUGUUUUUAGAAGAUGAAUCCUUUUUUGUGUCUAUUCUACAAUGCGUGGGCGUCAUUGUAUGAUGUAGUUAUAAGAAUUGACCAGUCACAGUUUAAUAUGAGGAGAAUAUUCAAUAGUGAUUGGCCAAUUCUUACAACCACGCAUGCGCACUUUAUGUGAUCGAUUUGCGACAUAAAAAUCAGCUGAUAUGUACGAUAAGAUAAUUUUGAAUAAAGCGCGUACAUUGUGUUAAUCAAGACGGAAUACAUCCACGAACAUAUCAUAACUUUUGAGGUUAAGUCAAUUGUACUUUUUGCUGCCAUCCACACGAUUGUCAGUAAUAACAAGAGCCUCGAAGAUCUCGAUGGAAAUCGGUUGCCACUCUAAAGAAUCAUCGAACCAUCGAAUAGAAUAAUGGAACAUAAAAUUCCAUCUGGUAUCCUCGAUGAUCUCAGCAGUCGAUUCAUCAUCAAUGUACCCGAGGAGGAGAGGAAAGAUUUGGUACGAAUUUGCUUUCAAGUCGAAUUGGCACAUUGGUUUUAUCUUGACUUCUACUGCACAGAGGAAUAUCCUAAAUUAAGAUCAUGUGGCAUGAAAGAAUUUGCCACUCAUAUAUUUCAACACAUACCAUUUUUGAAACCACACGUGCAGCACAUUGAUGCUGUGCUCGAGCAAUGGAGAGAGUACAAACAGAAUGUGCCGACGUUUGGGGCGAUUGUGUUAAAUGAAGAUAUGACUAAGGUGCUUCUGGUGCAGAGCUACUGGGCAAAGAAUAGUUGGGGCUUUCCUAAAGGAAAAGUAAAUGAAGAUGAGGAGCCGUUUCAUUGUGCUAUUCGAGAAGUGUUGGAAGAAACUGGUUUUGAUAUAUCUAAUUUGAUAGAUAAAAACGAGUACAUUGAAUCUACAAUAAAUGAUCAAACUGUGAGAUUGUACAUUAUUUCGGGUGUGCAAAAGGAUACAAAGUUUCAACCAAAAACGCGGAAAGAAAUAAAGAAUGUUGAAUGGUUCGCCGUAGCGGAUUUGCCCAACACGAAAAAAGAUAUGACCCCUAAAAUGAAAAUGGGUGUUAGUCCAAAAGCAUUUUUUAUGGUGGUACCAUUUGUCAAGCGGAUAAAACGGUGGAUUCAAGAGAAACAGCAACGUGAGAGAACCGCCAUUGCAACUGUACGAAGACAAAGGCAUAAAUCGUUGGGAGAUGUUGAAACAGUUUCAAAGAGCAAACGACAACAGCACUUUUCUACCACAGCGUCGCUUUUCCAUCACUUUUCUACUUGUCCACCACAAAGCGUAGUUCCUGAUUUUAAAGUUGGCCGUCAAUCAAACACUUCUCCGGCUCGCAAUCGCCGUGGUGUAAAUGACAAUAAGAAAGACGCGUCGAAGACAGCAUUUAAACGAAAUCUAUUUGGAGAUCAAGAGGAGGCUCAAUCACCUCUUGUUAAGCAACUAAUAGACAGCCCUGCUCAAUCGUGCUCAUUUCUAAUUGAUCCUGCGAUUCAGUCGAUCAAAUAUAAUGAUUUUAGUUACAAAGCGCAAUCAUUGGAAAAAGAAGUAAAAGAUUUUCGUAAAAAAAGUUUGCCAGAAGGAAAUAUCAAGUCGAUGCUAUUCGGAGAAGCUGUGCGCAAAUUACAAAAAGAUUUUCAAACUAUUCCACCGAUUCCUUUCGUAAGUCUGGGACAUGAUAGUUCGCUGCUUUUAACGAAGAAUUACAAACAAAAUUAUCCUAUCUUUGAUUUUCGCGUAAAGACUUGGGAUAAUUUCUCUUUUGAUAUCCAGGCGAUAUUAAAAGUUCUAAAGUAGUCAUGUACAUAAUAAUUUGGAAGAAUGGAUUACCAACGUAGGAGAAGUGCAGAUAUCGAAUUAGAUUCGAUAGCUAUUAACUUCAUCUGUAUUACUUUUCCUAUCUUUUAUCUUUGCUGGUCAAUAAUAAUGCGUGUAUUAUAUUACAUGUACGAUAAUGUAUCUUUAUGCA